AUGAAAAGAUUUCGAAGAUACAUCUUCCCAACAAAUAUUUACCUUUCCCUUCCUUCCCGUGAUGGAAAAACACUUACUAUACCUGACAUUGCCUAUGAGAUGGCAUCUGAAUUAUGUAUCGGAAUGCAAUUUGAUGAUUGGAAUCAUGCAUAUUCUGUUUUACUGGUUUAUGGACAUCAGAUUGGCUUCCAACCUUUGAAUUUCGAUUUGAAGCAUUAUGUUCAAAGUUUUCAGAUGCAUCAUCAUAUUCGAACAUUAUAUCCAAUCAAGCAUCGAUGGGCUAAAUGUUUUACAUUUCAGGAUUUUAAUGCUGGCAUGUCAUCAUCUCAACAGUCUUAA